AUGGAACUCUCAGCAGCAGAGAACUCGAGCUCGAAUGAACUUAAAGGAAGUCGAUCGGAUGUCCAAGUUGAGAUUGAAAGUCUCCCGAAGUCGUCGAGUAAACGACGACUGACUAUGUCGGAUCACCGCAAGCGUCACCCUCACAAUUUCCAACCCUCGCAGCCAGCCUGGUCCAUCACACUAUUAAUCCUCCUGCUCCUACCAAUAAACUGUCAUCGUAAGACCGUCGCCUUAGCUCAAGAAUCGACUCCUCAACUAGCUAAUAAUAAUCACAACAUCAUCAACAACAACAACAACAACAACAGCAAUUACAAUAAAUCUCUGGAUGUAAGCACGAGCAGAUUAAUCUCCAAUUCAACAGACAAUUACCAGGGGAUCUUGGUCUUCGAACUAGAUGCUAAAGACUCUCCAAUCAUCCAAGAAAGCCACCCGGAAUCCGAGCCAACAAUAAUCCCGGAAUGCGCGAGUCGUAUCGGGUGCCUUUAUGAUGAUAAUAAAUCACCAAGUGACUCUGAGCUCGGCAAUUCAACUCUUAACCCGAUAGAGUCCUUGAAGAUUCCUCCUCAGACGAAAAACCACUCCAAGAUCUCUCGUAAUAAUAAUUAUAAUAAUAAAUUAAAGUUAUUGAGAAAACAGCAUGUCGGGAGAAGCAGAAAUGAAAGCUUUGAGCACGAUAAAUUAGAGGUGACUAUUCUCGGGCUCUUUGAGCUCUCUACGGGUAAUGAACCACGUCAUGAAGGACUCACCGAGUUGGCCGCUGCUCAGCUGGCAAUCGAUCGUGUUAAUCAGAUGGAUAUGCUGGACAAUUUCCGACUCAGGCUUAUUCACAACGAUACUAAGUCAGAUCUUGAUGGAGUGCGACUAGUCCUGCACAUUGAACAUACAACCAAAGCGGAUACGAGUAAUCAAGCAUAUUGGAUGUUAAUGGGAUAUACGUUACAACUAUGUUUCAAUUUCGGUAUUCGAGUACGCGUAUAUAAUCAGAUAAGCCCCGUUAUUUGA